CGCUUCCCCUUCCCUUAUUUUUAGGAUUUCAAGGCAAUUACAAGUCCCAGGGACCGGAGUUGACAGUGAAUUGGUAUUUGAAUUGCAAAAAGCUCAUCAAUCCAAGCUUAGAUAAGAAGCUGAAGCACACAGUGAACAAAGCAAAAAAGGAAUCUACCAUGGAGAAGAAGAUGAAUGAAAGAGCAAAAGCAUUCACGACAUUCUCCCUCGUGACCUGAUUCACAUAAUCCUAUUGCGGGUGCCUAUCAGAUAUGUCGCUCGCCUCAAGUGCGUUUCCAAGCUGUGGUGCUCUCUAAUUUCUGAUCCUGACUUUGCGGAAUUGCAUUUUUGCCACUCUUCCGCUGCCACCAACGUCUUCAUGAAAAAAGGCGCUAUGGCUUACUUGAUUUACUUAGACGAAAACGAUGCAUCACAAAAAGAAGUGUCUCCCCCUUUCGAGAAGAAACCAGAUUAUGAUUUUGAGGUAUUGGGAUCCUGCAGAGGAUUUAUUCUCUUGCGUGGAAACCCACGUUUUCUUGUGGUAUGGAACCCACUGACUGGAUUCAGCAAAAGAAUAUUCUAUUCUCAUAUUGUUCGUAGUCUUAAAUACCAAGGCUUUAGGCUUCCCUACAGUAGGAAUCUGCAUGGAUUUGGUUAUGAUGCAUCACAGGAUGAUUACUUACUUGUUGUAGCUUAUAGGGAUUAUGAAAGGCAAGAAGAUCACUUGGAAUGCUUGUCCUUGAGAACCAAUUCAUGGAUUAAUCUUGAUGCUGUACUCCCCAGACCAUUGGAUUGGUUUGACCGCAAUUCUUGUGGGUUGUUCUUGAAUGGCGCUAUUCAUUGGGUGCCUUCCUGUCUUAAAGAUUACAGGGAUGCUAUUCUUAUCUUUGAUCUUAAGGAAAGGACUUUCUCAAGGAUAUCUGCACCGGGACAACUGCUAAUCAGUAAAUGCCUCUUUCCAUGUCUCGCCCUACUAGGAGACUGCCUAUCUUUGUAUUGUCACAAUUAUAGUAGCCAUACAACUGAGAUAUGGGUGAUGAAAGAAUAUAAAGUGCACUCAUCUUGGACUCUCUUUCAGAUUCCUUGCAAAACCUUUCAGCCAUUGUGCUUAUCCAGUAACGGUGAUAUUAUUGGAAAAGGUCAUCCUUUCUCCGAUCAAAAAGGGUACUUAAUAUAUAACGUCAGAGGAGACCUGUUUAAGCAUUUUAAAAAUCUUUAUUGUCCCAUCCGUAGAGCAGAUGCGGUGUAUACAGAGAGUCUCUUGUCCCUCCCUAGCGACAUUAAGGAUAAGGACAAGAAGAAUAAGAGGAAGGCUGGAUGUACCUAUUCUCCUUGCUUUGCAACGAGAUAUUCGUGUUAGUUUUCGCUGCAUUGUGAUAAAUGAAUAAGGAAUGUGUAAUAUGCAUUAUGCAUCAAGUUGCAAUAAAAUAUCACUUUAGUCUAUGGAUAUUGAAAUUUGAAUGUAUCAAUGCAGGGAAUCAUUAAUCAUUGUCUUGCUUCUUAUAGUCUGGUCUUGUAGUGGGGUUUUGAAGUUUAGAUAUUUUUCAUGUCUAAAGCUUUUGACUUUUUAGAUGAUUAUAAAGCGUUUACAUAA